GUGUGGGCAAAAUCGCCGCGAGAUUUUAUCAGAAGGAUGAUUUUGCCGUUUCGUUGAUUUCUUACAUUAACGUGAUGUCUUUUUUAUCCAGAUAUCGUACGUGCGUCGCAUCAUCAUUUGUUGCGCAACGCGGGCACGGAUCCUUAGGCCGUCGUCCCGUCGUACGUUGGUGCUUCGAGUUCAAGUUUCAAGUAGGAGUCGGAUUACAUCGUUUAAUGUACGCGAUAUGUGCAGCACAUGUUGUGUGUAUCAAGUAACCAUAGCGAUUUGAAAAGGUUUAGCCACUCCGACAUUCCGUCGCUUCGCGCACAUGUGUGCACGUGAUCGCGCUCCAGGGGUGAAAUUUUCACCCCCGCGCUCACGCGCGUUCACGCACGCACACACACACACACAGCACACGAGUGUGCAUGCAUGUACGCGGCAGACAACGACUCACACUGUCUCGAGGGACAUGAUGUAUGAGGAAGGCACGCGCACACGGCAUGAAACGCGCCACGACCACAUAAAUAACGCGACAUUGAUGACGAUACGCGUGACAUAUAAGUAUCGCACUGCUAUCCGUUGGUCAGUAUAUGUGACACUGGUGCCGCGGAAGCUACCUUACCUGUUCGAUCGACGACAAUUUGACCACAGGAACGUUUCGCCGACUGUAGUGACGCGAUAGAAUUAUAACUUACUCUGCUAAAGUCGUUCGACUUCACCCUGACUUUGCUCCAUUCGUCGCACGUGGCGACCAAGAAGGGAAAUAGAAGGACGGAGAUCGCGCGAAGAUAAUUCUCAGCCGCGACAACCCGCGAGAUUGAAACUCACGCCGGCAUCGCUUUUAGCUCAUCAUGAUCUAUAUUGUGAAGAUACACGUGGACCGAUUGCAUAGGCGAGACUCCUUCGAGGUCUUUUCCCUCGUGCCGCCGUAAGGGUGUCUCGGAGCGCACGACCUUGACCAGAGUCCCUACAAGGCGUGGUUGAGCGCUACUAUUCAUAAUUGACAAGAGCCGGCCGAGCAGCGCGAGGCCAUCGCCAACUCGACGAACUAUCGACGCCGAUCGAUGUUCGUUUCCUUGCGAUUAACCAGCAGACGUGAUCGAGAAAGCGGCUUGCCAGAAGUGUUAUCGGCGAUACCGCGCUAAUUUUUUACGACGAGCGUGUGAGUGACCAAUCACGUAAGAGAAGCUGAAGGAAUCGGGAUGAGCCCGCCGGGCACCAGAGAGCUCCUCCGGUCCGCGGCUGGUCGCCGGAAUGCCGUCAUCUAAAGUGCCGACUUGGUUGCGUGCGUGGCAACGUGAUCGUCCGGACAAUCAGCGCGAGAAGUCGUGCAGCCGGCAAAAGAUGAUACCGGCCCGUGUUGCUGCGACUGCGUUACGACGUGCGUACCGAAAGCCCGCCGAAAGUCUUCCGGGCCUUGUGACCGUGUACUGAAACAGACUCGCGGGAAUCGGCAACAUGAAUGAUAGCAAGCUGCAAGUAGACGAUGACAGCCAGGUAUACUUUGCACCGUACCGAAAAUCGGUUUUGCAUCCCGCGCAUGUGAACAUAUUUCUCAUAUCUAAUCAGAGUCGAAGGCCCAGCAGCUGGGGUAACUUCCUUCAUCCCGACGACGGCAGCCCGCUCGAGUCCCAGUUCAAUGACGAGAAAUCGAGCGGCUCGGGCAACGUCUCCUCCCGUACCUCCACGGCGAAGUCGACGCCGGCGAAGAGCGGGUUCCAUAACGCGCCGGGAUCACCGGACUCGAGUCUGAUCUGCAUCCCGAAUAGGGAGGUGCUUUACGAGCUCGACAAGAACGGUUACCUGCCGAUCGAGACGCCUAAUAUCAACAGGAAACUGUCGAGAGCCAGUAUACACCCGUCCGGGACGAACCUGGCGGCGCGGGAUGCCUUCGGACCUAGACUCACGGCGCCCGCCACCCCAGAAGUCAAUGCAUCUUUGCCGGACACACCCGGCUCGUUGGAUGACCCGGAGAACGCGAGGGAUUCGUUGCCACCGAGAGAGGCGGAAACGGAAAUCGAUUCAGAGACACUUUAUUUUCGCGACGGUCGUCGAAGGAUCGAUAUGAUGUUAGUCUAUCGGGAAGAGAGCGAAGGAGUAAUGACGGAGAUAGAGUCUCGCCGGCGAGAGCAGCGUCGAGUCUUUCAGCAGAAUCUCCUGAAGGAGGGUCUGCAGCUGGAGCUGGAGUCGAAGGAGACCUCUUUCGACGGAAAGACGUACUUCCUGAAGCUGCACAUACCGUGGAAGAUAAAAGUGCAGUACGCCGAGGUGAUGAAUCUGAAAUUGCCCACCAAGAGAUUCAUCACGAUCUCUGUGAAAGCUUGGGUACGUCUCUUCUUAAAGCUGACACACGGUACAGAGGGUGGCGAGGAGAUACCGAAGUUCUGGGAGAGAUGGAUGCGAUGGGUGGAGUGGAUACAGAAGAUACAUACGUGGGACACGAGCAAGUACCCCGAGGAGCCGAAUUUUUACAGCAGCAUAGAUUCCGGCGAUCGCAAGGAGAGAUUUAUCGUAAAGGAUAGGGAUACCGCUUACACGCCCGCUCAGAGAUCGUUGAUAGUAAUGCAAAUAUUAUUGCGAGGGAGAUACGAUGAAAACCACGAGAAGUCCGGUAUUCGCAGGCUCCUGGCGGACGGAACGUAUAUCGAUUGUUUUCCCUUGCACGAGGGUCCUUACGACAAGCCCCUUCGUAGCGGGGAAAUCCUCGACAGGCAUUUGUUGUAUUUGAUGUGGGCAAGACCUGGACAAUGGUACAAAAAGCAACCGUUGUGGUUGAUACGACGAUAUUUCGGUGAGAAAGUUGCCCUGUAUUUCGCAUGGCUGGGCUUUUAUACAAAAUGUUUGUAUCCGCCGGCGGUGGUGGGUCUUUUGUGCUUCUUUUAUGGCCUCGGAAGCAUGGAGGGUGUAGACAAUGUCCCCAGCAAGGAAAUUUGCGAUCCUAAUAUAGCCGGAAACAUCACUCUGUGUCCCCUUUGCGACAAAGCGUGCACCUAUCAGAAACUCGGCGAUUCCUGUUUAUUCUCAAAAUUGACCUACUUGUUCGAUAAUCCAGCUACCGUCUUCUUCGCCAUUUUUAUGUCCUUCUGGGCCACCACGUUUCUUGAGCUCUGGAAGCGGCGACAAGCCGUGAUCGUCUGGGAAUGGGAUCUUCAGAAUGCCGACUACGACGAAGAACCCAGACCGGAGUUUGAAGCGUCCGUGAAGACCUUCCGGAUCAAUCCUGUGACGAGGGAGAGAGAACCGUAUCUGCCCACGUUGUCUAAGGCUAUACGAUAUCUCGCUACCGGCUCCAUUGUGUUUUUCAUGAUAUGCGUGGUCCUCGCCGCGGUUCUGGGAACUAUCAUAUACCGCAUUUCGCUGGUCGCUGUGUUCUACGGCGGCGGUGGUUCCUUCUUGAAGAGACACGCGAAGAUAUUUACUUCCAUGACCGCCGCUCUCAUUAACUUGGUGAUAAUAAUGAUACUCACGCGGGUGUAUCAUCGAAUGGCACGGUGGAUGGUCAACAUGGAGAAUCCAAGAACGCAAACGGAGUACGAAGCCAGCUUCACGUUCAAGAUCUUCUUGUUUGAAUUCGUCAACUUUUACUCGUCUCUGAUUUAUAUCGCCUUCUUCAAGGGAAGAUUCUACGUUUACCCGGGCGACACGGACGCGAGAGCCUCGGAAUUCUAUCGCAUCAAGACGGAUGUGUGCGACCCGGCCGGUUGCCUCUCAGAAGUCUGCAUCCAACUCGCGAUCAUAAUGGUGGGUAAGCAGUGCUUCAACAACUUCGUCGAGAUCCUGUCGCCAAAACUGUGGAACUGGUGGCGUAAGAGAACGCAGAUCGCGGCGACGCGGAAUCACGACAGAAAGUACACCUGCUGGGAGAAGGACUACCAGCUUCAAGACCCGGGGCGACUGGCUCUGUUCGACGAGUACCUGGAGAUGAUUCUGCAGUACGGAUUCGUGACGUUAUUCGUGGCGGCGUUCCCGUUAGCGCCUUUGUUCGCUUUGCUGAACAACAUCGCGGAGAUCAGGCUGGAUGCGUAUAAAAUGGUGAAGGAAGCCCGCAGGCCGUUGGCUGAGCGAGUGGAGGAUAUUGGUGCUUGGUUUGGUAUUCUUAGGGGUGUUACUUACGUAGCAGUAGUGUCAAAUGCCUUUGUUAUUGCGUACACGUCCGACUUUAUUCCACGAAGCGUGUAUGCGUUCGUUUAUUCGACUACUGAGGAUUUAGUGGGUUACAUCGAUAGCUCUCUGUCAGAAUUCAAUACUUCCGAUUAUCGCGACGAUAUGAAAAGCGACGCGGAUGACAACCAUCCGGACACGUGUCAAUACCGGGGCUAUAGGAACGGGCCGGAUCACAUGGACGAUCCUUACGGACUUAGCCCGCAGUAUUGGCACGUUUUCGCCGCGCGUUUAGCGUUUGUUGUUGUCUUCGAGCACGUUGUUUUUGCACUUACCGGUAUCAUGAGCUACGUGAUACCGGCCGUACCGCAUUCUCUGUCGACUCAGCUGCAACGUGAACGACUACUCGCUCAAGAGGCCAAGUAUGAGAAGGGGAUCAAGGGCAAGGAGGACGAGGACGAUUUGCUGUCGGUCCUGAGAGAGGCUGGAACCAUCGGUAGACCCGGCGGCGGCGCCGGCAGGGGCAGUUGGACCAGGCGAUUUAGUAAAUUGAGCGACAGUCUGGACGCGCACGUUGACGUCGGUAAUAGGCAUAGCAAGCGCAGCGAUAGCUCCACAGUGUGGGAAGUCACGUAAUAAUCGUUUAUGUCGCUGUCGUGUACAUUUUUUCCCGUCCACAAAGCUCGAUUGCUCGUUACGUAAAGGUGAUCAUGAAUACAGAAUAAAGCCAAACGCCGUGUAUGACAUGUACCUUACUCCUCGUGUGACGUUUUUGAAUAAAGGGGAAGAGGGAGGAGGGAAGAAAAAUGAUCCGCAAGCUGCACGAAUCCGUCUCGUGAAUGACAAUUCGCGCGUUCGUAGCAUCCUCUCGUCCUUUGCAGCAAAAUUUCUCGCGCGCGGUGAAACGUAGGUACAAGACGAAGAGAAAAGAGAUACUACAGAUGCUACACAAUAUAUUUUUUUAUUUUACAUAAUGCCGUAUUUCUUUUCCUCGAUAUUAUUACAAUUGCUAUUAUAGAAUAUAUUUAUAAUAAUAUACAUGUGUAUUUACUCUA